AUGUUCCUGUGCAAGGGUGAGACUGAGUUGCCAAUGCCAAGGAUCGAGGUGAAGGAUGUUGGUCUGCUCUCAUACCCAGUGCCACCAGUACAGAUUCAGAGUAUGAUUGAACGAGCCACUCGUGCACCAUUUGGCAAAGGAACAGAGACCAUCACAGACCUCAAUGUGAGACGUGUCUGGCAGAUACAAAACAAGUAUAUCAACAUCACAGGCAAGCACUAUCAAACCUACUUCAACUCAAUCACCAAGAGUAUCAAGGAAUCAAUGGGUCUGACCAACGAGGUAGUGACAGCAGAGUUAUACAAGUUGUUGGUCUAUGACAAAGGCAGCUUCUUCCUGCCACAUCGUGACUCUGAGAAGGCUGACAACAUGUUUGGAACACUCGUGUUGUCACUGCCAUGUCCUCAUCGAGGUGGUGACCUGGUUGUCAAUCAUUCAGGUCGUGAUGAAGUGGUGUCAUUGGAGAAUGACUCAAUGUCAGCAAUCAAAUGGACAGCAUUCUUUGCUGAUUGUCAACAUGAAGUCAAGCCAGUCACUGAAGGAUGUCGUGUUUGUCUCGUUUACAACCUGUUGAGAUCUGGUGGUACCAACGUGGACAUCAACGUUGAUUCAGAAUCAAUCACUCAAGCAUUCAAUCAAGUGUUUGGUCGGUUCACCAAAAAGCCCAGUCAUAUCCCAGAGAAACUGGUUUAUACACUUGAGCAUGUCUACUCCCUUUCCAACUUCACAUUGGAGUCACUAAAGGGCAGUGACGCAACAUUGGCACGCACCUUACAGGCCUUUUCCAACGAGGCCCAGAUCAGACUUGGUCUGGCAUUCCUUCUCAUCACAGAGGAAGGAAUAUACGAAUAUGAUGAAGAUCCAAGUAGUACCACAAUCAUAUUGAAUGAUGUCAAAGACCUUGAGACUGGAACAAUACUUGAGAAGAACAUGCCCCUUGACAACGGUGAGAUCAUGCCCGAUCGAUGUCUGGACAAGAUCAAACCAUACUCAAAGGAGGCCCAAGAGGCAACGGGCAAUGAGGGUGCUUCAUAUGAUCGACUAUAUAGACGAUCGGCGAUUGUGAUAUGGAGUACAGAGACCUUGGGCAAGUUCACAAUGGUACUCUCAAAGGAACAUGCAUUCGAUACAUUGGAGAAGGAGUUGUCCAAACUCGGAGGAGUGGACGCCAACCCACAAUCAACACACGAUCUGUUCAUUCAAAUGACCAAGUCAUUGUACAGAGUUCGUCCAACAUCAGAGUUUGUCUCCAAGAUGCUUGAACUGCUGUGUUCAAUCAAGUCUGAUCAAUACCUUCCCAAGAUGAUGUUGGCCAUGCUCGAGACCACUGGAAGCCUCUAUCAAACUGGAAUGCACCAGGAUGCAUUCAUGGAACUGUUGCUCAAAAGGCCUUCAAUGAAUCAUGAGAACAUUGACAGUGUGAUGUCAUUUGCAUCUGUCGUCCCAGUGGGUGAUGGCAUGGACAUGUUGAUCAAGUUGUUGGACAUUAUCAAUCAUACUCCCCAAAUGCGAUCAACAACACUAUUCCCCAAGAUGGCCCAACAACUUAUCAAACGAUUGAAUAAUGUCCAACAAUGUGACACACUCAUCAGUAUAAUCCAGCAACAGAAAGUGUUUGAUGGACAACGACAACAACUCCUGGACAAGCUAAUAGUUGUCGCUCAAGGACAUCUCAUGCCCGAUCAUCAAAAGAUCAGAUGGACCAGAGAUUCAAUCAAGGAUACCGAAGUCACAUUGGCCACGUUGAUAACAAAUAUUGAGAGUCUCUUCAAGACACUUGGCGAGGGACAAGCUCCCAUAUACAUCAACGAAUCAUUCCUUGGUCAAAUGUACAAGAAGAUAUUCGAUGAUAUCAAAACAUGGAGAAGCCUUGACAUUGAAUGUCUUCUGCCAGCCUUGCCAAUCAUUAAUCGUAUCAACUUGGUAUAUCCAUACUUGGUAAUGGAGAACAAUGACUAUGACUCGAUGCUCAAGAACCUCAUUGAAUACAAGUAUAAAUACGAUAUGACAGACGACAAUCUAGCAGCGAACAAACUAUAUUCAAUCUGGAAGUUGGUGCGUGGCAAUGAUUCACUCCUCACAGCCUUUGUCAACAAUAUCUGUGGACUCAAGAAGCCAACAUCAAUGUAUGAUACGGAUAAGCCUAUCGAGUUCCCAUCUGGAACACUCAUAUUGUUGCUUGGACAUCUGUACCCUGAGUUUGUCAGCACAACACAAUACAUAUCACUCUGGGAUCACGUGACCAAGGAGAACUUGCACAAGACAAUGAAGAAGCCCGACAUUGACGACCCCAGUAUAGAGGUCAAGUGGCAUUGUUCAUGUGUGUCGUGUUCAAAGGUGACUGAUUUCCUCCGUUCAAUGGACACAUCCUUGAAGAUGACGGUCUCGAAAUUCCUCGACCAGAAGAAUGUGAUGAUCAUGGUGGAUCGAUUCAAACUGGAUAAAAAGAUUCUAAAGGAUUCCAAUGAGGAGGAAGAGGAGGAGGAUGAUGGAGAUGGUGCGACCACUAUAUUAUUGACAAAGUCCAAUGAUUUCCAACAACUCAAGUUGAACAUAUACAAUGAUGCCAUCAACAUCUGUCACAGUCUAUUCCAGAUCAGGCCGGCCAACAGCGACUAUCUACUCACUAGUGUGAUCAACAAAUUCCCUGCGCCCGAAGUCUAUCCACACACUUUAGCCAAGAUCAUAACGAUCCCUGAACCUCCAAAUGAAGUUAAAUCAGAAGAUGAUGAUGAUUAUGAUGAUGAUGAUGAUGAAGUUGGUGAAGAUGAAGUUGAUUAA